GCGGGACCGUCUGAGGGAAUGCGGACGGCUGCGGCCAAGAUGGCGGCGGCGGCGGCUGCCGCGGCGGGCGCGCGAGCGGCGCGGCACGCCCUGAGAGGCAGCAGCCAGCUGCAGGUCCCGGUGCGAUGGAGAGGGCAGGCGACUGCAGCUGCAGUGACAGAGAGCACAAAGCCCCAGAUCCAGCCCGAGGCGCGGAAACCUAAAACAGGAAUCCUGAUGUUAAACAUGGGAGGCCCAGAAAGGCUGGAUGAUGUACACGAUUUCUUACUUCGUCUCUUCCUGGACAGAGAUCUAAUGACAAUGCCAGCUCAAAAUAAAUUAGCACCGUUCAUUGCCAAACGCCGCACACCGAAAAUCCAGGAGCAGUACAGCAGGAUUGGAGGAGGAUCACCCAUCAAGAAGUGGACAGCAGUGCAGGGAGAAGGCAUGGUGAAGCUGCUGGACAGCAUGUCCCCUCACACUGCUCCUCACAAGUACUACAUCGGGUUCCGGUACGUGCACCCCCUGACGGAGGAGGCGAUCGAGGAGAUGGAGCGGGACGGCGUCGAGCGGGCCAUCGCCUUCACCCAGUACCCCCAGUACAGCUGCUCCACCACCGGAAGCAGUUUAAAUGCCAUUUAUCGCUACUAUAAUAAGAAGGGGGAGAAGCCAAAGAUGAAGUGGAGCGUGAUUGACCGCUGGCCCACACAUCCCCUUCUUAUUCAGUGCUUCACUGAUCACAUCCAGAAGGAGCUGAGCCUGUUUCCACCUGACAAAAGGAAAGAUGUUGUCAUCCUCUUCUCGGCACACUCGCUGCCCAUGUCUGUUGUGAACCGUGGUGAUCCGUAUCCUCAAGAAGUGGGAGCUACUGUCCAGAGGGUCAUGGAGAAGCUGAACUAUUCUAACCCUUACAGGCUUGUGUGGCAGUCCAAGGUUGGGCCGAUGCCUUGGCUUGGUCCACAGACAGAUGAGACCAUUAAAGGACUGUGCCAAAGAGGAAAGAAGAACAUGUUGUUGGUCCCAAUAGCAUUUACAAGUGACCACAUUGAGACACUUUAUGAGCUGGAUAUUGAGUAUGCCCAAGUUUUAGCUAACGAGUGUGGAGUUGAAAAUAUCAGAAGAGCUGAGUCUCUUAAUGGAAAUCCACUGUUCUCCAAGGCUCUGGCAGACCUGGUCUGCUCCCAUAUGCAGUCGAAGGAGAUCUGCUCGAGGCAGCUGACGCUGUGCUGCCCGCUCUGCGUCAACCCCGUCUGCAGGGAGAGCAAAGCCUUCUUCACCAACCAGCAGCUGUGAUGGGCUCUCCUGGAGCAGGCAGGCAGGUUGUCCUGCUGGAGCAGUGCAGAGGAAGCAAACAGCUUGACCAAGCUCUCUGCUGUCGUGUAUUACAGACUGGUAGUGAUGUUAACCCCUCACUGAUGGAACAGUGAGGAGAACUUGACUUCUUUCGUUUUUUUUCUUACAUUUUCUUUAUUUGAGGAGAGUUUGUAGAAAAUAGGGAGGUGAGGGCAUUUAUCCUGCAAGAUGUGAAAAGAUCUUAGUUCAUCUGGGUCUGAUUGCACUUAGCAGAAGCCCGUAAGUAUGCACUGAAAAACAUAAAAAACCUUUUCUACAAAUUAGCUUCUACUUCCUAUGCAGGGAUUUGUUCAUAUGCAAUUUUGUCAUGAGUGCAUUAAUUUCAGCUUUCCAGGUCAAACAAUUAUUUGUUCUGCUUAUGCUUAAGGUACAGAAUAACCAGCACAGUCACUGGUUGCCUCUUCUGAGUGAUUUUUCAGAUGGGUUUGAAGAUCAAGUGACUUCUAAUGCUUUUUAAAUAAUGUGUGUAAUUUUUUAUUAUUUUUUUUUAGAACUUGAAGAUAAGGUUUUAUUUUGUUGUUUUACUCCUGCCAGAAACAUCCAGGGAAAGCUUAGCUGGGAUAGUAGAAUGCACAAGUUUUGUUUACAUUUUCUUGAAAAAACACUCUCACUAUCUGCAGGAAAGCCUCUGCACUUGAAGAGCAUAACAUGAAAGGAAUAAGCCUGCUUGGGUGAUACUGAAGAACAUGCUCAGUUGAAUAAAACUGUGUGAGUUUCAGAUCUCCCGGCCACCAGUAGUCUGUACUGAAACAUGUUGGUUUAUCUUUUAAGCAAAGUGCCUUUUAAAAAUUAUUAUUAAAAAAGGCUUUCUCUGUUUGGUUACAUAAAUUUAGGAAGUCAGGCUUGCUCUCCAGAAGGUUUAUAGAUCUGCUCUGUGCUCUCUGCUGUGCCACAGUGCUGUGGUUUUUGUGGGAUACCUAUGGAGUUCCACAGGUACAAUUGAUCUAGCUUAAUUGCCGUUGUUACUUAAAGCUGAGAUGAUGGGUGGAGGUGAUUUCCAUUGCAGAUGGCUGAGAGCAGGCAGCCUGGAUGCUGACAGCAGUGUGCUCACAUGUCUCUGUAAAACAGCCAGACUUGGUCUGGUUUUGGCAUUGAUGGUGGCUCAGGAGUAACCCAGCACUGGUAACCCAGCUAAACUUCUUGUUGUGGCAGGUGUUUGGGUGCACCAGGGCUGCUGAAUCCACUCCUAAGGAGGGGUAGUUUUGUAGAGUGGAAAACCUUAUUAGGGCAGUAUUGCCUCUCUCAGCACCAGGACUGGUGUCCAGGUCAGCCUGGGGAUAAGAGGGGGCUCUUCUGAAGGGCUGCUAGCCACACACCGUGCCCAGGCUUGGCACUUGAAGUACCUGGGGGCAGAAGUUCUGCAGCACCUCAGUCUGGUCCUCUUGCACAGGGACCUCUCCUCAUGGGGGGGACAAGAGAGGAGCAAAGCUGUGACCUUGUUCCGUGGGACUGAGCCAUACCUCUAUUAGUCUGACUGUCUGUGUCAGAGCUCUACAUGUUUACUUGACUAAUUAGCACUAAAAUGUUGGCUCUUUGGCAGUGCAGGUGGUUUUCUGUGGUGGAUGAUCCAGCUACUGGUGACGCUAGAGAAGCAGGUGCCAUGCUGCUCACACAGUUUGUGUGUUUGUAAUCAGGAGGCAUGAACAGUUUGAACCUCUGAUCUUCCAAGGACAGGGUUGUUUAAGAAGAAUUGAGCCCCUGUUGGUGUAACAGGGGUUUAUCUUGCUACAUGAUGAAAGAAUUAAACAGAUGCUGGUUGAGCAGCCGGUGGGCCAAGUGCUGCCCUGGGGGUGUCAGUCCUACAUGCCUCGCACCGCCUGAGAGCUGGUUGGCUGCCAAACUGCAGCUUCCCAGUCUGGUCCUGGGCAGCCAGACUUCAAUUCCCUCGGUGCCAGAGCCUCCUGCAUUACUGCUGCCCCUCCUUGCUUUAGCAGAGAGGAGUCUUCCUGGACCCUUCGUGCCCAGGCCUGCUGCAGUGACAUUUAGCCAGGAGCCAGGGCCUCUCUCCCUUUCCUGCCCUGGGUCUCUCCUUGCUGCCCCAACAGGAAGAGGAGCAACAUGAAGCUGAUUCCUGCCCUUGCUCAGGGGGAGUAGGUGGUUGUCACCUGGGAACAGAAGGGUGAAAUGGUCAUGGGAAAGCUUUGAAUUGAUGACAAAAGAAUAAAAAUGUCUGCACUAUGGGUGGGAAGGGAACACUGGCCUUAUGUCUCUGGUUGGACAAAGAACUUUUCUCUGUUCCCAUUUCUCUGUGUGACACUUACAGGUCAGUGGAAAACAGUCUGUUUGGUAAAAUCUUCCUGCUUACACUUCUCUUACCAGCUAAAGGGAAUAUUGGCCUUCAGACCCAGGGUGUGACCAGCACAUUCAGAAGUGUGGCUGAAGCUGGCAACUGAAGGUUAACUUGAUGUGAACAUUGUGAUACUAUAAAUACAGACUGGCUUUUUAUUUCCACACUGGAGAGACUACUGAAAAUAUUGGCUGGCACUCAUUGUGAGGCAUUACAUUUGUCCCUGGUAAUAAAAGGUAUUUAAAAUUUACUUUUUAGUAUGCUAACCACAAAUGAGAUAAUUACUAAGUCUGUUGCUGCUAUUAGACCAUAAUGUAGAAAUCACUUAAUUUUCUAGCUUUUAGCAGAUGGAUCUUGUCUCAGAGUUGGUGGGGUUCUUCAUUUUGCUGAACAGAUCAUGUAACAUCACUGUCUUGCAACUUAGCAUGCAUUAUUUGCCUUCAUGCAGCAUCAAAAGCCUGCUGAAAAACUACCUGAGCAAGUUAGCUAGCAGCUCUGCUUGAUAUUUUUAAAUAACAGUGAGACUAAUAACAGUGGGAAUUCUGCUGCCAUCCUGGUUUAUUUGGGGGCUUUUUGGGGGGGUGCAUUUCUGACUAUGCUAAGAGUGGAAUUAAUCCACCCUUAUUUUUGAUGCUUCCAAUCUAGAUGUGACUGUCUGAGCUGGUCUCCUAGGUACUAUUUAUGGUCAAAAGAGGGGUCUGAAUAUGUAGUUCUGAGGAAUGGUUCAUCUCCUCUCCAGCAGACCCUGGGUGGCUUUGGCUUGGCAGCCACCCCUGCCCGUGGAGCACUAGCUCAGAGGCAGCUGCACCGCACAGGUCUGGCCUGGGGAGAGCUGAGCCCCGGCCUGGGAUGUGCCUUCUUCUGCAGCACUCUGCCAGAGGUGGGGUUGCAGUCUCAGCCCCACAGCUCUACUUCAGUUUCCCUGCAUCCUCUGCUGCGUUUUAGAUGUUUGGUGCUGCUGAGUCAGGUCCCAGUCUGGUCAGACCCCGGGUGCUUUCGGCUCUGGUCCAGUUGGUGGGAGCAUCCAGGAGCCUUCAGUCCUAGGACAACACUCUAGUUGGGUUUUUUCAUUACCAGUUACACUCCUUUUGCAGUACUUUCUUUCAUAUGCCCUGAUGAGAAGCAACCAGUUGGAGGUGAUCUGAAGUGAUGUGUUGAGGCAGCGUUGUACCCCUAGGAUUUCAUUGGAGAGAGGCAAGUCCUGAGGCUGGAGGCGAGUGGUGGGGCGUGGGGACGGUGCAGCGUGGCUGUCCCCUUGCCCAGGCUGCUCAGCCUGGCUCCUGCUGCCCUUGGCACUGCAGCCUGCACCACGAGGCUGCUCCUGGAAGUGGGAACGAGAGCUGGGGAGUUAGACCCUCACACCAGCACUCCCAGCUCUGUGGAGCUCUGGCCUGAGGUGAUAUUUUGGUUGAAAAGCAGAGAGACAGAGCCCUUGGUGUCCAAGAAGUGGGAGGUAAAGGUGUUUGCACAUGGACUGUUUUGAAGAAUUGACUCACGUAAAUUCUCCUGAUUAAACUGCAGUUUUGCUUUUUAGCUUCUUUUGUUUUGUUGAAGUUUUUCUUUUCUGGAGAUAAUAAAAUCUUCCUUAUUGCUGGAUGCAUUUUAGAAAGUGUGAUAACUUCCAGAAGUGGUGCUGUAAUGUUAAGAGGUGUGGAGAUAGUGUCUGAGCUAACGUGCUCCCUCUGGAGAGCAGGAGAGGGGAACGUUACAGCUGAGUGCAGUGGGGCCAGGGUUUUCCUAGGUUUAUCUAAAAGUUCACUUCAUUUUCCCUUGCUACCACACCCAAACAGUUGGAAAUCAAUAUGGAGUUUAAGAUGCAAGAGACAGAGAAGUUCCUUUUAUUUUUUUAAUGCCAGAUGUGUACAAAUACUUGCUUUUAGUCCAACAUAUGUAUUUCAAAUUUAACAAGGACUUCCAUUUAAUGUAACACAAAAAAUUUGUGUAAUCUUACUGUGUAUCAUUUGCCAUAAAGGUGGAAUUUCAAUUAGAUUUUUUUGAAGAAA